AUGUCAUUUCCAAGCAAUUUUUCACGUUCCUUUCAUCCAUCAUAUACAUCUAGCCCUGGGUUUGAUGGAAAAAACACUCUUUCUCAUAAGACAGCCAGUGGACUGUCAAACAACCUUACUACAGGGUUAAAUCUAAAUCCUCAUGGUGAUGAUAUCUCAGAACGAUCAAGAUCUCCUUACUCAAUUACAAAUUACAGAAGUUACUUAGAUAAGGAUAUAAAGUAUGGAACCUCACAGUCCAAUGUACAACAAAGUGGCUCUAUUCCUGGAACUGCUCAACGUUUACAAAUGGAUUUGCCUGAAACACAUCUUCACACAUCAUCUUCUGCUUCAAACCUGGAGCAUGUGGAGAAUGAUCUACUAGAGGAUCCAAGGUCACCAAUUAGGAAGCUGCUGGAUUUUAUGCAGGACAUCCAUGAUGUUGACAUAGAAAGAUGCCUUCGUGAUUACAAGGCAAUGAUGGAAUCCAGAGAUCCAACAGCUCUAACUAGAGAGGAAGAGUAUGUUAGAUCUAAAAAGUCUUUGACUGAAGUGGUUGAUAAGAGAAGUGAAUCAAGAUGCAGACGAGAGAGAGACCAGUUUCGGAAUGAACGAGAUCAGCUGCAAAAGGAAGUGGAUGAACUACAUGCAAAGGUUACAGUAUUAGAAAAGAUGGAGAAGGAAUUCAAUCCUUCAGAGGCAUUGGGCAAAGAAAUAGAGAAAAUAAAACAGGAAUAUGAAGAAAAGAAUAGAGAGUUGAAUGAUAAGUGGAAGAAAGCUCUUGAAAAAAAAGGCUUGGAGGAAAUGGAAAAAGAGACAAAAUUAAAAGAAGACAUUGAAAAACUACAGAAGCAGUUAGAAGAGAAGCAGAAAAUGGAAUCAAAAUUGCUUGAUAGAGUUGAAAGACAUAAGAAGGCAUUAGAUCAAGCACAUGAAGAAAAGGACAAGCUGGAGAAAGAAAAGACAGAGGCACUGACAAGGUUAAGCAAGGAAAUGGGUAAUAAGUUAAAUGACAAAAACCCUAACAUCACAGAUCUAAGUGACUCCAACCGUCCAACAAAGAUUGCUGAGAAGUACAAUGAACUCUAUGACAACGAAUGGACAGAUGCUUUGGAGCAUUUGUCUCAAGAAAUUUACACAGAAGAGAGUGCUAUAGUAGAGUUACUGGAUUGUAUACAGGCAGCCUACUCCUUUUGUAAAGAUGCAGCUUUUCAUCAGAUGGAAAACCUCAAGAAGUCCUUAACAAAUCUGCGUAUUCGAUCAAGAGAUGCUUCAAACACACUGUGUACUGUUGAACCACAAACGGAGAAAAUGCUAGAGGAAAUUAGAAAAUCACAAAAGAUGCCAUCAGAUUCCCUUUUUAAGGAAUUUGAAUAUAGUAGUGGUUUCAAAACUGUGUUUAAAAAAGUCCCUGAGUACACAAGCAAAUGUCUAGAGCUUUGCUGGCUGAUGCACAUGCAGAACCCUCCAGUAGCCCUGGGUCAGCCCCCAGCUGAAGGUUCACCAUUUAAUGGCAACAUGUAUAAGGAAUACACGAAAACAGGAAACACCGUCCAUUUUGUAGUAUGGCUUCCACUUCUUCUGCAGGAAAAUGGUCCUCUCCUGCAGAAAGGGGUUGCUCAGCCUUAUCCAAACAAGGACAGAUCAAUCCGCCAAAGGUCUCCCAGUGCUGCAGACAACAUUAAAAAAUCGACUUAUCAGGUUGAUGAGAGGGCACGACAAACAACAGGCACCAGUGAUCCACUUGUGGAUCAGAUGUUUGACAACCAAGGCAGAAAUGUUGUAACAACGGGUCAAACUAGGACACACCGGGAAAUACCAAUAUCAAUAGCCAACACAGACAGAGGGAGUUAUGAAUACAUGUACGGGAACAGACAUCAAUCAGCUACUCCUACUUAUCAACAGAGUAUUGGAACAGCAAGAACAUCAACAGCAUCACCAAAAUAUGACAACACACACAGACAAAGGACACAUCAUACAAGUUCUACUUCGCAAGGUUCAAGAUCUAGAGUACGAGAAAGCCAUAUGUCAGAUACACUCCAUAAAUACACAGAACCAUAUUUAUUUUAUCAUAAUGGAGAAAAAUAUGUGCAUUUUCAGGGAAAAACGUUUCCAUAUAAUAUUUGGCAAGCAAUGGAAAGGAAGUUUUGGUUAGACCCUGGUUCUUCUGAAGCUUAA